AGCGCGAGUCACUGCUGUAACUGUACCUAGUUCAGUGAAUGCGACUGCAGCGUGAAGCUUCACGGAGCUGAGCUUGCCAUGGCCGUCUCCCACCAUGUGACACGCUAAUCACAUGAUACGGGUUGCGUUGUGUCAGAGUCAGCUGAGAUAAAUAAGUGCAGAAGAAGCUGAUGAACAUGGACAUCCGAGGAGCUGUGGAUGCUGCGGUCCCGACCAAUAUCAUCGCCGCCAAAGCGGCUGAGGUUCGCGCUAACAAGGUCAACUGGCAGUCCUACCUUCAGGGGCAGAUGAUUUCUGCAGAGGACUGUGAAUUUAUCAAGAGAUUUGAGAUGUCUCAUUCUGAGACCAAGCAGGCUAUCCUGGCCAAUGAAGGGCAUCAGUGCGCGAAAACCUUCCUUAACCUGAUGGCGCACAUCUCGAAGGAGCAGACAGUGCAGUACAUCUUGACACUGAUUGAUGACACGUUGCAGGAGAAUCAUCAGCGAGUGAACAUCUUUUUCGAUUAUGCCAAGAAAAUGAAGAAUACCGCCUGGUCGUACUUCCUCCCCAUGUUGAACCGCCAGGAUCUAUUCACCGUCCACAUGGCUGCCCGGAUUAUCGCCAAACUCGCUGCCUGGGGACGAGAGCUCAUGGAGGGCAGUGACCUGAACUACUACUUUAAUUGGAUCAAAACCCAGCUCAGCUCACAGAAACAGCAUCCUGCAGGUCCAGAAACAGGAGCAGUGUCUCCCAGCGAUAGCUCCCAGUAUGUUCAGUGUGUGGCCGGCUGCUUGCAGUUGAUGCUCAGGGUUAAUGAGUAUCGAUUUGCCUGGGUAGAAGCUGAUGGCGUCAACUGCAUCACCGCGGUGCUGAGCAGCAAGUGCGGCUUCCAGCUGCAGUACCAGAUGAUCUUCUGCGUCUGGCUGCUGGCCUUCAGUCCGCAGAUGUGCGAACACCUGCGCCGCUACAACGUGGUGCCGGCGCUGUCCGACAUCCUGCAGGAGUCCGUCAAAGAGAAGGUGACCAGGAUCAUCCUGGCCGCGUUCAGGAAUCUUCUGGAGAAAUCUGCUGAGAGGGAGACCCGGCAGGAGUACGCCCUAGCCAUGAUCCAGUGCAAGGUCCUGAAGCAACUGGAGAACCUGGAGCAGCAGAAGUACGAUGAUGAGGACAUCACUGAAGACAUUAAGUUCCUCCUGGAGAGGCUGGGAGAGAGUGUGCAGGACCUCAGUUCCUUUGACGAGUACAGCUCAGAGCUGAAGUCCGGCCGCCUGGAGUGGAGUCCUGUGCACAAGUCAGAAAAAUUCUGGCGUGAGAAUGCUGUUCGGCUGAAUGAAAAGAACUACGAACUUCUCAAGAUCCUGACCAGGCUUCUGGAAGUUUCUGAGGAUCCACAGGUGAUUGCGGUUGCAGCUCAUGAUGUUGGAGAAUAUGUGCGACACUAUCCUAGAGGAAAACGGGUGAUCGAGCAGCUGGGAGGGAAGCAGCUGGUGAUGAGCCACAUGCACCACGAGGACCAGCAGGUCCGCUACAACGCCCUGCUGGCCGUGCAGAAGCUGAUGGUACACAACUGGGAGUACCUUGGCAAGCAGCUGCAGUCUUCGGAGCAGCCCCCGGCCGUGGCAGCUCGGAGCUGAGCUGUGUGUGUGUGCCCUCCACAGCAGACGCAAGAACCUGCGGGCGGACUCGCCAUAUGGCCGCUGCAUUUCCCCUACAAUUAAUAUGUAUAUCCUGAGGCUUGUUCACUUGUUGUCAUAUGGUAGGACCCGCUCAGUUAUCCAGCGUUCAAUCACCACGUGCCCCCCCCCCCCCCAUGUCAGUGUUAGUUGCAGCGGACAUAUGUAUGUCUGUAAUGACUGAAAAAGUAUGCAUUCCAAUAAAAUUAUUCCACUAACUUAUUACUAA